AUCUCGGCCCCGCCCCGGGGCGUGUGGGGCGCGGCGCCCCGGGAGUUUUCCUCUCUGGGGCUCCUCCCCCUCCGCGCCCUCUCCCCGAGGCGCCCGCGGGCCUGAGUGCGCGAGAGCUGGGCCAAGGUCCAGCAGAGAAGCGCAGCGCCCGCCGAGAGGUCGUUGCCGCCGCGUCUCUGCUCGUGUCUCAGCGUCUCCGGCCAGAUCCGACCAUGAGCUACCCAGGCUAUCCCCCGCCCCCUGGUGGCUACCCACCAGGUCCUCCAGGUGGCGGUCCCUGGGGGAAUCCAGCCUAUCCCCCGCCUGGCGGGCCCCCCAUCGGGCUGGAUAACGUAGCCAACUACGCAGGGCAGUUCAACCAGGACUACCUCUCAGGAAUGGCAGCCAACAUCUCUGGGACAUUUGGAGGAGCCAACCCAUACCCGGCAGCUCCUGGGGGUGGUUAUCCUCCUCCUCCCCCUGGUGGCUUUGGUCCACCCCCACCCCAGCAGCCUGGUCCUCCUCCAUUUGGAAUGUAUCCACCCCCUGGAGGAAACCCGCCCUCCUAUCCACCCUUCCCAGGGGCACCAGUGCCACCCCCUGGGCAACCACCGAUGACCUACCCUCCUGGGCAGCCACCGAUGCCACCCCCAGGGCAGCAGCCAAUGCCACCCCCGGGGCAGCAGCCAAUGCCACCCCCGGGGCAGCAGCCAAUGCCAAGCUACCCAGGAUACCCAGCAUCUGGACCCAUGACCCCUGCUGUACCCCCAACCCAGUUCGGAAACCGAGGCACCAUCACAGACGCUGCUGGCUUUGACCCGCUGCGCGAUGCUGAGGUCCUGCGGAAGGCCAUGAAGGGCUUUGGGACCGACGAACAGGCCAUCAUCGACUGCCUGGGGAGUCGCUCCAACAAGCAGCGGCAGCAGAUCAUCCUGUCCUUCAAGACGGCCUACGGGAAGGAUUUGAUCAAAGACCUGAAAUCCGAGCUGUCAGGGAAUUUUGAGAAGACCAUCUUGGCUCUGAUGAAGACCCCAAUACAGUACGACGUGUCUGAGAUAAAGGAGGCCAUCAAGGGUGCUGGCACAGAUGAAGCUUGUCUGAUCGAGAUCCUGGCUUCUCGAAGCAAUGAGCACAUCCAGGAGCUGAGCAGAGCCUACAAAGCAGAACACAAGAAGACCCUGGAGGAGGCCAUUCGCAGCGACACAUCCGGGCACUUCCAGAGGCUCCUCAUCUCCCUCUCUCAGGGUAACCGAGACGAAAGCACAAAUGUGGACAUGUCCCUCGUCCAGAGAGACGUCCAGGAGCUGUAUGCUGCCGGGGAGAACCGAUUGGGAACGGAUGAGUCCAAGUUCAAUGCCAUUCUGUGCUCCCGAAGCCGGGUCCACUUGGUGGCAGUUUUCAAUGAGUAUCAGAGGAUGACAGGCCGGGACAUCGAGAACAGCAUCUGCCGGGAGAUGUCGGGGAACCUGGAGCGGGGCAUGCUGGCCGUGGUGAAAUGUCUCAAGAACACCCCAGCCUUCUUCGCUGAGAGGCUCAAUAAGGCCAUGCGGGGAGCAGGAACAAAGGACCGGACCCUGAUUCGCAUCAUGGUGUCCCGCAGCGAGAUUGACCUUCUGGACAUCAGAGCAGAGUACAAGCGGAUGUAUGGCAAGUCGCUGUACAGUGACAUCACGGGAGACACUUCUGGGGACUACAGGAAGAUCCUGCUGAAGAUCUGCGGUGGCAACGACUGAGCUGUGACUGGCGGUUCACUCCUGCCCCCUGCUGGCAAUGCAGUGCCAGGAUGAGGCCAGAUGAUUGCUUCCCACAAAUCCAGCCCAGUAGCCCCGAGGCGCACACAUCUGUCCCCAGAGGCUUGGCCCUGUCCUGCCCUGCCCUUCCUGGCCCCACACCCUGAUUAAGGGCCUGGUUGUGGCUAGUACUCCAGCAGGGAGCCUUCUCCUCCCACUCCCUGCUGCCUCAGGCUAUUAGAGUAGGUAUUUGAUUUCCUGACUUGUGCAAUCCUCUUCGUUGCUUAUGGCUAAGAUUCUCAGCAUCAUUUUAGUUGUAUAAUUUUAUAUUCUUACUUGUACCAUCUUUGCCUAGCAGAUGCACAUGAGUGUGUGUACCAAUACACAUUUCUGGGGAGUGAACCAUGACCCUCACCAAGGCCUGAAAGUGUAAUAUCUACGUCUUAGGGAGACUAUAUCAUGAGCUUUGUGUUUGCCAAACACUUACAUUUUUAGGAAAACUGAAGAGCCCAGACAGUCAUUUCUUCCAUCUCCCGUGCAAAACCACAAGGCAGAAGCCUGUUCCUGGCCAGUAACAGGGCUCCUUGUACUUUGAAAUGUGCCUUAAACCUGAAUGUCUGUAGCCAAAAGCUGUUUCCAAAUUAAAGUUGGCCAACUCUGGAAUGUUCUGGAAAUA